GGGCGUGGUCUCUGCGCGGAGCCAAUGAGCGGGCGGGAUGUUGGGGAGUUGCUGUCUCUAGGAUACGGGCUGGCGUGUGGCGGUGCUGCAGCCACCUCGGCACGAUCUGUCCCGAGAUGGCCGCGCGUGCACCGGCGGGCGGAGAGCAGGGACGCGGCUUUGCUCCGCGCUGGGCAGCUACCGCCAGCGGGCACUGCGGCCUCGUUCGCUCCUGCGCUGAGCUCCGAGGGGAUGGAGCAGAGAUGGAGGGGGCGGGAAGAGCCUCGCUGGGCCGCAGCAGGUUCCUGAAGGUGCAGAAUGGCGAAGUGCACGGGCACCAGCGGGGCCCGGCAGCGAGCGGAGGUGCAGCCCCGAGCGCGCUGCUUGGCGCUUCUCACGCGCGAUCGAGUUCAGCUCUGAGGAAAGUGGCGCAGCUGCAAAGCAAAAUUCUGCAUCGGAAAAAGCAGCUGGAAUUGCAGAGCACUGAGUUGGGCCGGAAGCCUUCGGAUGAAGAUUCCUCAUCUGCUUCCAGUCUUGAACACCGUGCAAGAGGCAAGAAAUACCUGAAGAGUUAUGCUGCAGCCGGCAGGAAUGUGGCUGCCAGUGAGGGCUGCUCUAAGGAAGAGGAAAGCCCCCGAGGCCCCAAAAGGAACAUUAAAGUUAUACAACAGCUUGGUUUGCAUAGCGAUGAGAAGCAAAUGAGAGAAUUCAUGGAGAACUCUUUAGAGUUUUCCAGUGGAAGGCAGAACCAGAGAGGUGUUAUGAGUGAUUCCAGGUGGGGUGGAAAGAGUAAGACUCCAGUUUCACCAGGAUCGCCUCCUCCAUCUCGUAAGGAAAUUUCACUGACAGAGGUAUCUAAAGCACCUUCUCUUCACAGCAAAGACUCAGAGAAAAAUGUUUUGGGUGGAAUUAAUUUGCUGACACCUUCACCAGCCGGCAGAAACCUGUCAGCAGAACAUAAUGUGAGAUCUCAAUCGCUGUCUUCCUCCAUGAAAGACAAUACUGUAAAAAUUACUUUGCCCAGAAGAGGCAACAUCAAGCAAACUCUAAUGUCACAUGGAAGCGAUGGAAGUGAAAUAAAAUCAUUAGAUGAGUUAUUUUCAAAAGCAGACAAUGCAGAAGAUUCAACUAGCAUAAGCUCAGAUGGCUUCAGACAGAAUAUCCUGAGCCUUGAUGAUUUGGCAUCAAAUAUCAGCGAGACAGCAGAAUUAAAGCAGCAAGGGACAGAUACUCAAAUGAGUCAUGAAUCAAAUAGAAAUCCAAAAAAAGACACGUUCCUUGUGGAAAAGGACCAAACUUUUCCUAAAAUAAGUGCACAAAUUGGUGCAACUGCUACUUCUGAAAGGGAUACUGAAAAUGUGACUGAAAUCUCUGAGCAUUUAGGUGAAGUUUCGGCAGAUUUUUCUAGACACAAACAGGAUUAUCCUGAUCAUGAUGACAGAACUGUUCAUUCAGAAUAUUCUGAAGAUUUCGAAAGCUCUCUGUCUACAGCAGACAAGGAAGUUGUAUCAAAAAUGUCAGAGGAAUAUUCUGAGAGUUGCAGAUAUUCUGGAAAAGACCCAUCUUCUUCAGCAUCAUCACCCUUACUUACCAGAGGAAGGCACAAACAGGUACACAGAGCAGCUGUAAAAGAAACUGCAGUUCAGACAGUGGAUUUUCCAUUCACCUGUUGCUGGUCAAAGACAAACAGCUCUGCAGUGCUGGGCCCGCCUGCUGGAAACAGCUUCGUUGAUCCAGUGCCUAUUGCCAGUCACGUCAUCAGCAUGGAUGCAGUAGAAGCCCUGACAGCAUACACUCCGUCAGUUCUUGUUUUAAAUGCCAUGUUAAAACAGCACUUGAUGUUGACCCAGCAAUUUGUGGAGAACAUUCAGCACCUUCAUUUAUCCCUUGUGGAGUCAUUAGAGAAUGAGAAGUUCCACUAUCAUACACUGGAAGAGGCUAAAGAGUACAUCAAGAAUCACAGAUCCCCACCUUUAACAAUUGAACAAGCAUUUGAAGAAAUCCAGAAAGCAGAAGAGAUACUGCUGGCUUCAUGAACAUGAAGUAAAACGUACAAUUGGAAAUCUCAAGUUGGAACAAGAAACCCUCUCAGACUGCACAGAUAAAAAGUUGUGAACUAUGCACCAGCUGCUCAGUAUCUUAUAAUGCAUCAUUGGUUUUCCUGCCUGGUUUUAUUGCUAUGUUUUUAUUUUUUUACUAGCGUACAUGGCGCAGGGAUAGCUAAGAGCUGGGAGUCAGGCUACAGCAUGGUUAGCAAAGAAGAAAACCAGAACAGCUCUUAUCUGAAAGGAUUGGGGUAAGUUGUCAUAGUCUCUGUUUAUCACGUAGAUCAUCUGAUCUUUAAUCACGGUAGAAGUGAAAGUCUCUACUACAGCAUCGAGGCCUAUGAUGACAGCAGGAAAAUACCACCCUGGCAUUAGUGCUUAAUUUAAGCAAUCUUAUCAGACCGCUACAAAACCAAACACAUGCAAAGUUACGGUAAAUUCAGUACAAGGGAAGCUUAGAGCCUAAUGCUGAAAUCCAUUUACUCUGAAAUAUGAACCACCAUGUUACUUUUUUUUUUUUUAUUAAAAAAGGUGUUUAUUGGAAGGCAAAACAAUAAAAUUCACAAGUUGGUAACA